AUGAAAUCAUCCUUCAUGUACAUGGUGACAGAGAUCCAAGAGCCAGAAGCUCUCACGACCGUAAUAAACCCGGUUAGAUUGUGGACCGGCAAAUCGAAAGAUCCGUACAGUACAAUAAGUUCGAAGGUACUGAAUAGCAGUAACGUAAGUCCAAAAGUACCAAAUAGUAAACUAAAUACAUAUGUUCCUCAUAGUACACUAAACGCAAAUGAUCCAAAUGAUAAAGUUACUAUAAAACCCCCAGUAAAAACGAUAAGUGUAAAAGAUGUGCAUAGUAAAGUAAGUACAAAAAGUGUACAUAGUAGAAAAAAUCUUGACCCAUCUAAACCCCUAAGGUCAAAGGUAAAACUGACCGAAAAAUCGACUCAGGUUUCGUUGAUGUCGAGCAGUUACAACACCUCGAUAUCGUCAAGUAUAAACUAUUCGUUAAAUAAUUCCUCGUUCAAUUCCUCGCUAACUUCCGACACUCAAAGUUCUUACAAUAACAAUGCAAUCGUGACGGAUGACAAAGAUGUUAGAACCCGACGCACGGAUAGAAGUUUAACAAGGCACUUUUUGUACAAUCCUGCUAGCAGAUGGAUAUAUACAAAUUAA